AUGGCGGGAAGUGCACCGCCGUUGGAUGCGACGCUGGAAGAAUCUGUGGACGGCGCAGAUCUGGUUCAUGAAAAUUUCAAAGAAGACGCUAUUAACGGUGAUAAGGCUGAUGGGACCCAAGUCGAGGGUGAAUCUAUCUUCGCUUCUGGUGCUACUGAUGGGACCGAAGAGGAAGAGGAGAAAGCGGAGGUGGAGAAAGCGGUCGUUGUGAAUGAACCCGAGGGUGAACCGGAGAGUGAACCCGAGGGUGAACUCGAGGGUGAACCCCAACAGGCGGACGGAGGGAGCAAGGGCGGUGCUGGGGUGGGUCGAGAAGAGAUUCAGGGCGAGCCUGAGCAGGCUACGCACAAAGCAGUACCUGUAGUGGAGAAAGGAGAGGAGAGGGACGAGGCUGUAGCGGUGCUAGAGGAGAGCAAGGGAGAGGAGGUCAGGCUGGAGGACGUCUUUAAGGAAGGAGAGGAAACAAAGGAGGGAAAGCAAGAGAAACGAGAGGAUGAGCGCGAGCAAGAGGUGAAAGAUGAGGGGCAAAAGGAGCGGGAAGAGGAGGAGGAAGAGUGCGAGCAUGUGGAGGUACCAGAGAGCCUAGUGAACAGCUGGAGCCGGUCCUUCGUGGAGGUCGAAGUCAGCACCAUUGCCCACCACGUGGCCUCCACGAGGGAUGCCAAAUCCCGCCUCGACGCCCAGCUAGCAUCCGUUCAGACGCUCCUCUCGGAGGUGGAGCGCGCCGAGCAGCAGGCAGCCGCAGCUGAAACCGCUCUGUCCCAUGCUGGCGAGGCUGACGUUGCCGAAGCUGAGAACGUGCUUCGGCACGUGGUUCGGUCGCAGCAGGCGCUGGAGAUCCGCGCGGCGCAGGUGUUUGGGCACCGGGCGCAGCUGCAGGAGGAUUCGCAGGGGCUUAAAGCCCGGGUCGAGGCCAUUCAGGGUCAAUUCGCGGAGGUGGAGAGGCAGGUGGAGGAGUUGAGAGUGGUGCUGGAGGGGAGGUUGGAGCGGGCGAGGGAGAGGAUAGGCGAGUUGGAGAGGAGGAGGAGGGAGAGGGAGGAGGCGGGGAGGAGGAAACUGGAAGGGGCGGAGAGGGAAAUGGGGCGGGUUCUGGGGGAGGUGCCGGGGCUGGAGAGGCAGGAGCGGGCGUGUGCUGAGCUGGCAGAUGCACUGGUGGCACGUCACCACGAGGCUGACGUGUUGGAGGGACAGCUGGCAGUGUUGCGAGAGGACCUGGCGGCGCUGGUGAGGGGCGUGGGGCGGCUGCCGGGGCUGCCGGGACAGGCAGCGGAGGACCUUGGGUACUCGUUUCUGACUGAAGGAGGAGAGGAAGAUGGUGCAGGCCAGAGGCAGGAACCUUAUCAUUCUCUUCACGAGGGUCUGUCACACACCUCUUCAGCAGCGUCGGCACCUGAUGCCAUUCUGCCUGCCGUGCCGGCCGCUCCCGUCGCAGAUCUCACAGUUCAAGACCAGAGCGUUGCAGGAGCAUUGGGCUUGACCAGCCCUGAAAUCCCUGCUUCCGGGGGUAACUUGAAGGCAGCUGCUGAUGAUGAUGACACUGCUGGCGUUGGCGCAGCUGGCACUGCUGCUCUGUACUCUGAGCUUUGCAAUGCCCAAAACCUUGGCGCAUCCACUGCCGGCGCUGCCGCUGCCGCUGCCGCUGCCGCUGCCGCUGCUGCUGCUGCUGCUGCAGGUGACUCUUCAUUCAGCGACACCACUGCUGCUGCUCCAACUGCUGCCAUGGAGAGCAGCUCCACCCUCGCCACGCCCUCUCCCUUUGAAGUCGAGGAGCAGUUUAAGGCAAAGAUGCGUGAAAUGUCUAGCAUGCUCAAGGAAACCCUCCCCAUGGCCCACUCCCGGUUUCCCCACACCCAACCAAGCAUCCAGCAGCAGCAGCAGGAGCUACAGCUACAGCAGGCAGGCUUGGAAAGUGGAUUGGCUGAGAGUAGCACUGGAGUGGAAGGGGUGACGAUGAUCGAAGAUGGCGACUGGAGCGUGCUGGAAGCUUCUGAUGUGUUCACGGCGUCAGGGCUAGGUGGGGCGUCAGGAUUUACUGCAGCUGGUAAUGGGGCUGGUGGUGAUGCUGGUGGGGCGUUGGGGGGUGAUGAUGAGGCACGGUGGUCGGGGCACAGUUCGUUCAGUGUGCAUGCCGGCAGCACUCCUCGGGCGAGGGAGGGAGGGGUUGUGAGGACCGAGAGUGGUGGGAUUAGUGAGGUGAUGGAACGGUAUUUCGGCAGCAGUGAGUAG